UUUUUCAGCAAUGAGCUCAUCAAGAUCCGGCCCCCUGUCGGCAUUCUGAAACCUGGAAGCUCGGCGACGGUUAGGCUUCUUCUCCUGACCAAGGAAGACCUGCCAGAGGACGACCGCCAAUACGUCGCGGUCUACAACCACGACACCGAAGACUCGAACACGAAGGCGCGAAUGCAGUGGGACAUGGUCAAGAAGGAGCAGGGCAUCAAACGUCUCUACGUGCGCUUCGAACGCGAAUAGGACGGAAGCGGAAGAUGCGUGAUGAUCAUGAAGUGCCACUGUGAUUGCCAUGUAGAAAAGAUUCUCACCCUUGUGAUAUAUUCCCACUGUAUAUUGUGUCCUAUAUGUUGUGCAAUCACUCUCAUUCUAUUAUGUUGUAAAUGUAUUUUUGAUAAUCUUUUGCCCAAACAUUGUUGUAUAUAUUGUUUGUUGAAAAUAAAUAUUUGUAUGAGUUUGGCUUUCUUUUAUUUUUUUGACUGAGAUGUAGGAAUAGGGAGAAGUUAAGGAGUUUGAAAGGACUUUUUGCCCUUUGACUGAGGUAAGGAGUAGGAAUAUAGGAAUCAUUGAAAACUCUAAAUACUCAUUGAAAUGAAUCGUGUU